UGGUCACUCUCCGGCCAGCCGGGAGCUCUGUCCACGUGGAGAGGAAAGGAGUCGGGUGGGUCUUGAGGGCCUCUGGGUCCUCCAGUCAGGCCUUCGUCGAUCCCUCCCCACCCACCUCCAGGUCGUUGACCGACUCUCGCUAAUAACCACCGCUAGACGUCCCCCAGCGAGGAGCCAGCCCCCCGCGGAGGAGCCUGCCCGCCUCGCAGCCGCCACAAAGACCCGGAGAAGUGGAAUUUCACUUCGAAACUCCGUGCGGCGCGACGGGCAGCGCUGGGCAUGCUCAGUAGGCGCGGCGCGUCUGGCUGCCGCUGGCGCUGCGCUGGCCCCGCGCGGAGGGCUCCAGGGCUGGCGCGGGAGUCCACCCCGCCUUCGCCGCCGCCGCUGCGGGCUUCCAGAAGGCCGCGCAGUAGCCGCCGCCGAGCGCCUCGCCCCUGCCCUGCUCCGCCUCCCUCCCAGCCACCGCCUCCUCCCCCUCCUCCCCCUCCUCUCUCCCUCUCUUCGGGAGGCGAAGCUGGUGGGGGCUUCUGCGGGCGCCACAGACCGCUCUGCAAACCCAGCCGGGACCCAGAAUGAAACCCGGAGACCAGAGGACCCUCGGCGGUGGCUCUUUCUAAUCACACUUUGCCUCGAGUGGGGUCGUGGCGGAGUUCCUCCUCCACCGCUCAAUGCAAGCACUAUGCGGACAGCAGUCGGCUUCCUUGCGCUGUGCCUGCUUCUUAAUCUUCUCGCUGCAGGGUGCUUUUCAGGAAAUAAUGAUCAGUUCGUGGCAAUUCAUCAGAAGAAGAGUGGGAAGCCAGCAUUCGUUUAUCACCAUUCACAAGACAUUGAGAAGAGCCUGGACAUAACUCCACAAAAGAUAUAUAAACAUAGCUACCAUUCCUCUUCUAAAACGCAAAUAAACGAACAGCACCAAAUUGUUAAUUCAGCAUUUCCUAGACCUGCAUACGACCCAUCUCUCAAUCUGCUGGCCAUGGCUGGUCAAGAUCUUGAAGUGGAAAACCUUCCAAUCCCUGCAGCAAAUGUAAUUGUGGUGACACUGCAAAUGGAUGUAAGCAGACUGAACAUAACCUUGCUUCGGAUAUUCCGCCAGGGAGUGGCCGCAGCUUUAGGGAUCUUACCCCAGCAAGUGCACAUCAACCGCCUCAUUGGAAGGAAGAACAAUGUUGAACUAUUUGUGUCUCCUAUAAACCGAAAAGCAGGAACUUCAGAUGCUCUGCCGUCUGAGGAAGUGCUGCGUUCACUUAAUAUAAAUGUUUUACAUCAAAGUUUAUCCCAAUUUGGAAUUAUAGAAGUCUCCCCUGAGAAAAAUGUUUUACAAGGGCAGCAUGAAGCGGACAAAAUCUGGAGCAAAGAAGGAUUUUAUGCUGUUGUCAUUUUUCUCAGCAUCUUUGUUAUUAUAGUAACGUGUUUGAUGAUUCUUUACAGAUUAAAAGAAAAAUUUCAGCUUUCCUUGCGACAAGAUAAAGAGAAAAACCAGGAGAUCCACCUGUCGCCCAUUGCGUUACAACCGGCACAGUCUGAGGCAAAGACGGUCAACAGCAUGGUCCAGCCCGAGCAAGCCCCAAAGGUGCUGAAUGUGGUUGUGGACCCGCAAGGCCGAUACACUCCUGAGAUCAGAGCUACCACCUCUGUCUGUGCUUCUCCUUUCAAAAUGAAGCCCAUAGGACUUCAGGAGAGACGAGGGUCCAACGUAUCUCUUACAUUGGACAUGAGUAGCUUGGGGAAUGUCGAACCCUUUGUGGCUAUCCCAACCCCACGGGAGAAGGUGGCAAUGGAGUAUCUGCAGUCAGCCAGCCGAAUACUCACAAGAUCACAGCUGAGGGACGUCGUGGCAAGUUCACAUUUACUCCAAAGUGAAUUCAUGGAAAUACCAAUGAACUUUGUGGAUCCCAAAGAAAUUGACAUUCCACGUCAUGGAACUAAAAAUCGUUAUAAGACCAUUUUGCCAAAUCCCCUCAGCAGAGUGUGCCUAAGACCAAAAAAUGUAACUGAUUCUUUGAGCACCUACAUUAAUGCUAAUUAUAUUAGGGGCUACAGUGGCAAAGAGAAAGUAUUCAUUGCCACACAGGGCCCCAUGAUCAACACCGUGAAUGAUUUCUGGCAGAUGGUUUGGCAGGAAGACAGUCCCGUGAUUGUCAUGAUCACAAAACUCAAAGAAAAAAAUGAGAAAUGUGUGCUAUACUGGCCAGAAAAGAGAGGAAUAUAUGGGAAAGUUGAGGUUCUGGUCAUCAGUGUAAAUGAAUGUGACAACUACACUGUUCGAAACCUUGUCUUAAAGCAAGGAAGUCACACCCAACAUGUGAAACAUUACUGGUACACCUCAUGGCCUGAUCACAAGACUCCAGACAGUGCUCAGCCUCUUCUACAGCUCAUGCUGGAUGUCGAAGAAGACAGACUUGCUUCCACAGGCCGGGGGCCUGUGGUUGUCCACUGCAGUGCAGGGAUCGGUAGAACGGGGUGUUUUAUUGCUACAUCCAUUGGCUGUCAACAGUUGAAAGAAGAAGGAGUUGUCGAUGCCCUAAGCAUUGUCUGCCAGCUUCGUGUAGACAGGGGUGGAAUGGUCCAAACCAGCGAGCAGUAUGAAUUUGUGCAUCAUGCUCUGUGCCUGUAUGAGAGCAGACUCUCGGCCGAAACUGUCCAGUGAUUCUCUGAAGAUUGACCAGACCAUCCAGCUCUAGGGGUAGUUAACCAAUUACCCACCUGAGGCUUCUAGAAGGAGCUUCCUGCAGUGGAAGGAAAGAGAAGUCCUGAGGCCAAGCUGUGGCACGGAUUGUGGAAGAUGGCGACAAUGACGGAUCGCCAGCGCCUUGUGUAUAUGAAUGCAUUUGUAAGCAUCCCCGAAAUUAUUCGGAAGGUCCUAUGCUGAUGGAGGUAGAAUAGAUUUCUCACACCGCUGAGGAUUUUGUUUUGUCCGUAUUGACUAUCUGCCACACAGAAUGUAUGUUACAAAAUCCUUGGUGACAUAUGUCAUCAGAUAACAACUGGAAGAGCUGCUGAGGAAAUUAUUAUUGUGUGUUUAGAUGCUUUAAUGUUUGCAAAACCUGUCUUGUGAAUGGAUUGUCAGCUGUUAAACUGUUCCUGUUUUAAGUGCUAUUACCUUUCUCAGUUACCAGAAUCUUGCCGUUAAGGUCGCAAGUGAUUGAUAAUAGAUUUUUAACAAAUAAGUCCUUGUUUUUGGAAAAAAAAAAUCAAAAGCAGUACUAUUUUAUAUGGAAAUGUGUCUUGAUAAUAUUACCUAUUAAAUGUGUAUUUAUCAGUACCUCCUGUCAAUCAAUUACAGAGCACAAUGGUUGUCACUGGAUGUAUAUGUAUUUACUCUCUAUUAUUGUGCAUAGAGGUGGUUUCUGCUCCAGAACUCCCAGCCACUGUAUUUCUACAUUGUGAGUCAUUUUACUUUAAAAGGGAAAAACAUAUUUGUAGCAACUAUAAUGUAUCCAGAAUUUUAAAUACCUGUCUCUCUUUUACUAAGAAGGAAUUUUUGAAUAUUCUGUCUACCUAGAGUCUCUCGCCCCCAAAAAAGGCAGAUGCCUUUCGGAAUGAAGUAACCUGUCCCAUUUCCAGAAGUUCUUCAAAAGGAUGCUGCCAUGGAUAUUCUUAAAUUUCUGAAAGGUUUUAAUCCUCAAGAGACAAAUAAAGUUAAAAAAAUGCACUCAGCAAACACUAGAUGUUCUGCUCAAAUAUGAAUUUUUAAUGCAGCUAUGUUGACUUUGUUUCAUACUGCCAAUAAACUACUCUUAAUACU